UUUAAAUGAAUAUUUUAAUUUAGCCAUGUUGUGAGAAUAUUUUAUAUGCCUAGCUUGUUUAGGAUAAUGUUUCACAUGUUUAUUAUAAUUAUGUUUAAGGUAUUUAUUGAAAGACGGACACAUUGAACUUGAAAGUGCAGAUUUCUCGCUCCGCCUUAUUUCUCUCAUGCUGCGGCCUUCACAUUUUCGUAGGAAGAGUUAAUGUUUACCAACUGUGUGACUGUUUCAUGCAUAUACAUUGUUGCUAAUAUUAAGACAAUGUCUUAUUUCUGAUUUCACAUUUCAGUUUGGUGUUCUUUCUUUAGAAGGGUUGUAUUGUUUUCAUAUUGAAUAUGUGCAGAGAUGGAUGUGGAGGUGGGUCUGACCCUAAGACCCAGAAGAGGAGAAGCAAAACAGGAUAUAUCAAUCAAUGUAAUGCAGAGUUUGAUGAGUUCUGCUCCCUGAGACCAGCUCAGAUACACAUGUGUUUGUAUUUUCACUUGUUUGAAAUGAUCUAUGAACUUGAGUUGAUUUGAAUUUACUGGAGUUAUUGUCUCAUUGAAGAUUACUAUUGCAACUGUAGAAGAACCACAAUUCAUCUAAAUCUAAGUCACAGUUCCAAGAGAAUAAAGUGUGAGAGUGAAGGCCUGUAAGGCCUCUGGCCUGGUUUGAGGGUUUUUAUCUCCCACAGUAUUAAACAAACAAGAAAGUUUGCAGACAUAGAAGCAGCAAACCACCGGCUGACAUCUACUCUGCAUUUUAACGAUGAGGAUAAAAAUCUAUCCGCUCUGCCACCAGAGAAGCCAGAGACACUUGACCAGUCAGGUAGCCCCUCCCGAGGUAGUUAUCUACAAGAUCCAGAUAAAUGCAGUGUUCACACAGAUGCAGAUGGCAUCACUAAGUCCAGGAGCAACGUCUCCAUUGGCUAACAUGCAACUGAAAUCAGUGAAAAGAAGCAGCCAGACUCGGGACACCUUUGGAAACGACACCCCAAAUCACAACCCGCCACCUGCGCCACUAGGAAAAGCAACCAGAGCAAAGGGAAACAGAAAAAAGGGAGCAGAAAUCACAAAGUGGAUGAAUUCACAUCCAUGAGCUCCCCAAAGGGCAUAGACUAUUACAACUGGGCAGAGCUCUUUCAUACUGAGUGUUACGACAAUGAAACGCAGCUGAAGUCAGCCAACAACCUCUCAGAAGACUCUCAAACUACUCAACAGGACUUGGCUUUCAUCCAGCUCAGCCAAAAUGUGGACGUCUCUCCUUCCUUCUCUCCAGAGCUCUCUCCGUUGUCUCUCGACUCUUGCGACUUCUCGAUCCAAAUGUUCACAGACAUCUCAACAUGCACACCGGCCCAGAAGAACAUUACUGACUUUUCAGAGAGUCAGUGGACAGAUAUUACGGAUCUUUUCAGUGUUGGCAGUAAGGACUCAGGAGGCUUCAUGGGCGUAGAGGCAUAUUUUGACAGUAUCUGUGCAUGCCAAGAUGAUGCUGGGCAGGACGUUGGCGCCAACGAUGUUGGAUUUGCAGAUCAGUCAGAUAGUCUUACAGAAACGAUCUACAGCAACAGACCUGAGGUGGAGGAUCUACACAGUGAGACAGGAGAGUAUGAUUACAGUUUUCAUGGAGAUCAGGAAUUGACCAUAAACCACUUCCAGAGUGUGCUGAGACGAAACGAGGACGCUCCAGGGACACAGUGUAACAAUUUCAAGCCAUCCCAAGGCACAGACAUCAUCCAAAACCAGCUCCCCACACCUAUCAGCUACCACUACAGUGCCUCAGAGCUGCAGAUGUACCAGCAUCCUCAGGAAGAGAGUCCCUGUAUGCUGAUGAAAUAUGAAAAUAACCCAAACUUUACACCAUUUGAAGGUGUUGCUCAAUCAUUCUCUGUCCCACUUCGUAAUCCUGAGCACUGUCCCAUACCAACACUGCCGCACGAGGAUGACUGGCUGUUCACUGAUAUCUUAAAGGACAGGAAGUCACCUGAUUGCUAAUGUGUCAUGUUUUUAUAGAGGUUUGUUAUUUAGCAAAUGUAUGUGAAUAGUUAAUUAACAGUGAUGCAUGGAUUCUGCUGUAAAUGUUGAGGGGGCAGUGGAACAGUUUUUAUUCAAAGCAUUUCACAAGACUUUCAUAGUCAUUUAUACUUUUUAUGCAAAUGUCAGCUGGAGGUAUUCGGGUUAAAUCUCAAGCAACUCAUUUGUACUGUGAAAUAUGAAAAAGGAAUCAAGCAACAUACUGUAUAUGUGUAUACCUUUAUUUUAUAUGCUACAAAAAUAACAGAUUUUUCAAUCUUUUGUCAAUUUCUCUAAGAAAAUCUUUCAUUCAUCAAAGACUUGAUGAGUCUUUUUUCAUGGUUUACUCUGUUUCACGUCACACCCAAAUCUUGUCUCUUCUUUAAGGGUGAAUUAAUUGCCAAGAUCUUACUUAAAUGAAGGUGUACUGGAAAUACAUGCUUAUAUAAUUAAACUAAAAACACGUAAACAGGGACAGCACUGUAUCUCUGUUAAGUGUCAAUUUCCAGCAAAAUGACAGUCACGCAUAUUCUGUUCACUGUUCACAUGUCUUAUUGUGUUGUUAUUGUUUAUAUGCUACAAACGAUUUUCCACUUGAGGAAAAGGAAAUCUGAACUCAACUGCAUUUAUAAUCUAUUAAACUACUUUGCUUGAGAUUCAACUACAAAUUAAAAUUACAUUUGACAGGCAGUAGAUAAUUAUACAUAAAUAAUAUAUAUUCAUAUACAGUACAAACAAAAUUUUAUUUGCUCUCUUUUUGCACCGAAUAUUUUAUAUGUAUAUAUGUUUAAGCUUUUAACUUUGACUUCAGCUGUGUGUGAGUCUCAAUCUGUGUAUUGAUUACAGUGCCAAAGAAUGAAAUGUUAAUGUUUAAAAUGGUGACAGAUGAUGCCAGUAAACAACGAUAAAUGCUGUAAUAAUGCUAAUAACUCCUGUUUUCUAGUGUGUGUGUUUGUGUGUAAGUACCAGUGAUGGAGUAAGUUGCUUAAAAGUAAGUUAAAGUGGCAAUACUGCAAUAUAAAAGUAAUCCAUUACAAAUAAAAGUGCAUUGAAAAUGGCAAAGUACUUUGGC